GAGGGCGGGUGGCAGGGCGGGCGGCCAGGUGUCUGGGCGGCGGCGACAUGGGCGAGAGAGAGAGGAAGAUGUUGGAGCUGAGGCACCGGGCGGGCGGCGACCUCGGCCCCGGGGCGGCGGCAGCGGCCCGCGAAGGGGACGGCGCUGGCGGCGACCAUGAAGCGGAGAGCACCAGCGACAAAGAAACUGAUAUUGAUGAUAAAUAUGGAGAUUUGGAUUCCAGAACAGAUUCUGACCUUCCAGAAGUUCCACCAUCCUCAGACAGAACCCCUGAAGUGCUUAAGAAAGCUCUGUCUGGCUUAUCUGCAAGGUGGAAAAAUUGGUGGAUUCGUGGAAUUCUUACUCUGACUAUGAUUUCAUUAUUUUUCCUGAUCAUCUACAUGGGAUCAUUUAUGUUGAUGCUCCUUGUGUUGGGCAUCCAGGUGAAAUGCUUCCAUGAAAUUAUUACCAUAGGUUAUAGAGUCUAUCGUUCUUAUGAGCUACCAUGGUUUAGAACACUAAGCUGGUAUUUUUUACUGUGUGUGAACUACUUUUUCUAUGGAGAGACUGUAGCCGAUUAUUUUGCUACAUUUGUUCAAAGAGAAGAGCAGCUUCAGUUCCUUAUCCGCUACCAUCGGUUUAUAUCAUUCGCACUCUAUCUGGCAGGUUUCUGCAUGUUUGUACUGAGCUUAGUGAAGAAACAUUAUCGUCUUCAGUUUUACAUGUUCGCAUGGACUCAUGUCACUUUGCUGAUAACUGUAACUCAGUCUCAUCUUGUCAUCCAAAAUCUGUUUGAAGGCAUGAUAUGGUUUCUUGUUCCAAUAUCAAGUGUUAUCUGCAAUGACAUUACAGCCUACCUUUUUGGAUUCUUCUUUGGAAGAACUCCCUUAAUUAAGCUAUCUCCUAAAAAGACAUGGGAAGGAUUCAUUGGAGGAUUCUUUUCCACAGUUGUCUUUGGAUUCAUUGCUGCCUACAUUUUAGCAAAGUACCAGUACUUUGUUUGUCCAAUUGAAUAUAGAAGUGAAAUAAAUUCAUUUGUAACAGAGUGUGAACCAUCAGAACUUUUCCAACUUCAGACUUAUUCUGUUCCUCCCUUAUUGAAAGGAGUGUUGAGAUGGGAUACAGUGAGCUUGUAUCCAUUCCAGAUACACAGCAUUGCACUUUCAACAUUUGCAUCUUUAAUUGGUCCUUUUGGAGGCUUCUUUGCUAGUGGAUUCAAAAGGGCUUUUAAAAUUAAGGAUUUUGCAAACACCAUUCCUGGACAUGGAGGAAUAAUGGACAGAUUUGACUGUCAGUAUUUGAUGGCAACUUUUGUUCAUGUGUAUAUCACCAGUUUUAUAAGGGGUCCAAAUCCUAGCAAAGUCCUUCAGCAACUGCUGGUGCUUCAGCCGGAGCAACAGUUAAAUAUCUACAAAACUCUGAAAUCUCAUCUCACAGAGAAGGGGCUCCUCCAGCCGUCCCUGAAAUUGUAGCUGUGUCCACGAGGAACUUGAAGCAAUUCUGUAGAAAAGCACUGACAUAUAUUUUGCACCUGCCUAGAAAAAUAUGCAGUAAAUUGAGGUUUUUAAAGACAUGAAUGUUACUUCUCUAAAAUUACUGUGAAUAUUUAAUAAACAUUUGAUCCAAGUAUGAAAUAUAUAACAAAUUGCCUGCAAAAUAUCCUGUAUUUUUUCUAGUGGAGCUCAUGAUAUUGACAAGACAUGCCAUUUCUUACCUUUAGGAUUUCAAAAGAGAAGAACCUCAAAGGUUCUCAAAUGUACUCAUUGAGGAAAUGUUACUGUCAUCAUAGCCAUGUCCAAGUAUUUGCCCCUCCAGUUCAAUAACCCUUGGAGCUAACUUUUAUAAUACAGUAGAAAAUCAAUUUGACUAAUAGAUUCUUGUGUUUUAUUCUGAAAAUAUUUUCUCAAGGAUAACUGUUACUAAGGCAUGGUUAUAUUUAAGAUAGCUAAAAGGGAGUGUUUAAGAUGAGAGCAAAAUGCAGAGGCUUGUCAGAUAUUUGGCUAGCAUGUAACUCAAGGAAAAUCUGCAGAGCAUUCUGUUUUGCCUGAGAUCCUUGCUGUCCCAAACAUUUCUUUGGAAAAAUGAAUUCAGAAUAGCCACGGAUCCAAAUUCAUAAAUAUUUGUUGAUGCCCUUUUAAUUUUCUCUUCAGUUGUAUUGGUCUUAUCAGAGAAACUGACAAGAGAAACAGUGCCCCCCCUUUGGCCCUGGGGGCAGCAUCUACACCAUUUGCUUAUUUCAUGAUCCAUAUUUAGAAUCGUGAAAAAGUCAAUGGUCUUGUGUAAGGAGCAGAAAGGCCAGAAAGCCUUUGCUUUGGUGUAUCUGAUUGCAUUUCUCAUAAAUUAAUCGAAAACUACUGAUGCUGUAGAAACUCUCUCCCUGUUAAUUAUUUAAUUUACUUGUUGCAGCUUCAAGAAAUUUAGUAGUCCUAGCUAAAACUAUAUAGGGAAUAACAGAUAUAUUUAUAAAGAAUGUUACGCUAAUAAAAAAAAAGAAUAAAUAUUUUUGUUUACAUUAGAAUUAAAUUCUAAUCACUUUUGAAUAUGUAAAGUGAAAAGUUGCAUUUAGCCCUGCCAGGGCACUAUGUAAGUAUUCUAUAAAUAGCCUAGUCAUAUGCUCUCUGAUUCCAAAAGAGAGGAUUGGUUGAAUGGAGAGCUAAGAGAUGGACUUCUUAGUCCUACAUUUGUUAGGUUAUUUGUUGUUGUUGAAUGAGUACAAUCAUUGUGCUUUUCAAUAAAAAUUGAGAAUUGGCACUGGAAAAUUCUUUGAUAGGAAGACAAGUCUCAGAAUCAGGCUGCUUGCCAUUUGUUGUUUUCCCUCUGUCUCAUCAAUCACUAAGAGCUAAUUAUAAAAGCACUUUGGAUGUAAAUAAACAUAUGCACAUCUGGUGGACUUUAUAAAGCAAACCUAUGUGUGUAUAGGUGUGUGUGUGCAUCAUGAAGCUUAUGUAUGUUUUAAUGGGUUUUCUCAUACAUGUCUGCAUAUUUAUAGAAAAAAUGAAAUUUGUGAAUUCGUUUGGGGAAAAUCUAGAAGAGGUCAUUAAAUAAUUGCUAGCAGUAAUGAAAAAAUUAGAAGAGAAUCUAAAGAAAUAGCUGCAUUGCAAACACUGAAAUGUAUUAUAAAAUAUAAAGCUUUAAUGGCCUUUUAGAAAUAUAGAUAUGACUUCAAAUUGAGAAUAAAUUCUAUAUGUAAAAACAGUCUUAAUUUUUAUUUUAACAGAGCUAUAAAGAUUCACUUUUUUAGAAUAAUUUUAUAGCAUGUAUCUUAAAAUAGAAUCUAUUUUAACAAAUAAAACCUACCUAUGUGGAUCAUUUUUAUAUUUACACUGUGAAGAAGUAAAUAUUUCAAGAUAGUAAUUGUGAUAGUAAGAACAAAGCUAGGAUCUUCCUUUUCAGCCAUAAUAAUGGCCACUUAUUCUGAAUUUACCUUUUUAAAAAUUAAGUAUUCUAGCCACUGCUUCCUGCCCUCAAAUUUGCUGGUUUACUUUUUAACUCUGGAAGCCAGAAAACUAUUAUUUCUUCCUCUUAGUGAUUCCCCUCGCCUUGGUUCAUGGGUAUGUGUUCCUAUUUAAGAAUGCAGUCAAUAGAAAGGGGUGGGAGGGGGAUCUGCUUUUCCAUUGGUGGCUUUUUUUGAUUUACAUUUUGGUUUUUACAAGGAUGUCGUACCUUGUUUAACAGAAGAUGUAGAAACAACAAUGUAGAUACUGUAUACAGGUGCCGGCUUAUUAUGUAUGUUCUAAUUGGUUGCCUAAAUCUUUUAUGAAAACUGGAUUGGGGGAGAAAUAAAACUUAAAACUGCA